GUAGAAUAUUUAUUUAUUUAUUCUUUUACGUUGCUGUGCAAUGGAUGGAAAAAAUGUAUUUCUUUUGAUAUCACUGCUCUUUACAACAGCAGCAGCUCUUAUUGGGUACGACUGUGGUAGAAGAGCAAAUAACGUUUCAACAAUAUCAUUACGUGAGGUUGCUCCUUGUGAAAUUGUGGAUAGUAAUUCUGAAAGAAAGAAUGUUGAAAUGCAGUUGCUUCAGCGAUUGGAAUAUGAACCUGUACAAGUAACAGCAUGCAGAAUUCGAGUUGAUCGGCACAUAUUUGUAUGUGGAAUGUUUUCACAUCAGUCUGACGUUACAAUGGGAGAACAAACAUUUUUUAUUUCUAUAUCGCGAGAUAUGUGUUAAGAUAUUCAUAGAUUUGGUUCUUUUGAAUAUGAAAAAAUACAGAUUCACUAUAUAAGACUUAAUAGUACGACUAGAGUACGUAUGACAGUAGCAGGUUCUCUAAGUGAAGAUGGAAAAUGCUCCGGUACAACUUUUAAAACUGAUCAGCAUGAUUACGAAGAUGUAGUGGUAACAGCCAAAUUGGAGAUAGAUGUUUUUGACUACAUGGUCUCUGCAAACCGAGAUAAGGAUGAAUUGAUUUUACAAUCAGGUACACAGCAGCAGGUAUAAAGAUACAAAAUGUACCGAUGCAGACGGUAAGAGGUCAUUUUGGGAAUACAUUCCGACGUCUCCCUGUAAUUACAAUCAGUACAUUUUAUUAUUCGAUGGCAAAGGUGUUAAGGUGGGUAAUAACACACUUGAGAAUCCCAACGUAUAUUUUGCUAAUACGACCGAAAAGAUACAAUUUGGUUUGAUGAAAACAGGAGAAGUAAAUCUUUGUGGCUACCAACUUUUUAGCACAGAUCAUCCGAAAUUAUUUAUUACGGAAUAUCCGAGUGGAAAGGGAAUAGCAGCAGAAAAAUCUCUCUAGACGUUCACGAUAUCCUUAUAACGGCGUAUUUUAACACAAAGAUUGCCUUUUUGGCUCAUCAUAUGAAAAUGCAAUUCUCAAAUAUGUACAAUGACAUCCUCUUAAAUCGAUGUAGGCUGCAAAGACAGGUUAUACAAAAUUCGUUAAUGCAUAUGUAUACGAAACCCGAUAUAGCUGCACUUACGAUAAUGCGAAAACCUGGAUACAUGGCUGUACCUGUUGGGGAGGGUGCUCAUCUUGUUGUAUGUGACGAAAUUAUUUGUAAAGUGAGACAAGUUGAGGAAUGUUUUCAAGAAAUACCAGUGCCUUGCCGAAAUGAAUCAUAUUUUUUAAAACCAUUUUCUAGAAUAAUGACGAAAACAGGAACAGCUAGAACCUGCAAUAAUAUUCUUCCUGCUUUGUAUUUAAUCGAAGAAUCUUGGCUGAAAUUUUCUCCAGGACCAAAUGAAGGAAGAAUACCUCAAAUUUUAGAGCCAGAAACAACACCAACUUGGCAUUAUCAAGACAUAGAACGUCUGAUUGAUGGAGGAAUUUAUACAGCUGAUGAUUUGGAUCGUUUGCAUAAACACUCCACUUUUCCAGCUGAAAGAGAUGCUUAUAUUGAAGAAGUCGCAAGAAGAUUAUCGGAUAAAAGCACAUAUUCAUCUUCUAUAGAUUUUGGAAACUUAGUUGAUCAAAAAAGUUUGAAAAAAAUGGUUCAAAACGCAUUUAAGAAUGUCUGGAAUGGAUUUACAGAGUUCGGCAUUGUCAAUGCAGGAAUAAUGGGCAUUAUUACAAUAUUUAGCAUUCUAAAAUUAGUUUUCAACAUAUUCAUUCAUGGUUAUACGCUUCACUCUAUUUAUGGAUGGAGUGAACAUUUAUUGGGAGCACUAUCUGGAUCAGUUACUCAUCUUUUAGUAACUUUGUCUAACAAAAGUGACGAAAACGAAAAGAAGAAAACAGAAUAUGACGAAGAAUCACUAAAGAAUUCAUUAUCUGAAGAUAUCAAAGAAGAAACAGAAAAUGUAGAACAAGUUAAUCAAGCACCGAACGCACCACUAGCUUUGGAAUCUCCAACACAACAAGGAAAUAUUUCAAAUAAUUUUUUAAGAAAUUCACUUAAAUCUGAUGAACUGGAAAGAAGAUUAUUUGAAUAUUUCAAUAAAACACAAAAUUAGCUUGAUAAUUUCUACCACUGAAUGUAACUAUUUGAUUUAAUUCUAAGAUUUUAUUUACAUUCGAUUCAUUUACUGUUACAAUGCAACGAUGCAUAUUUGAAAAAAAAGAAACAAUCAGAUACUUAUUAUAAUUAUAAUAUUAAUAAUGAGCAAUAAAAACGAUGUAGUAAUACUUCUCCAACAUAUUGUAUAUAGAUUUUUAGUCCAAUUAUAAAAAAACAUUUUUUUUUUGUUAAGUCAUACUAGUUAGGAGUUACUCUACCGAGCUGUUUCUAUCUAUAUAUUACGUUUAUCAUUUUUAUGUUGUUAGUUGGAGAAUUGUUUAAUUAUAAAGUUUAAAUUGAAAGAAAAUGUUAAUAUAAUGUUAGAAUGCUACGAUUCUCCAGCUAAAUUCAUUUAAAUCUUAUGUAAUAUGUAUGUAGGUAGAGCAAUGCCAUUUAUUUUAAAAUCCCAAUACAAAAUAUCAAAUACCCAGUGCAAAAUCUAAUUUUUCCAGUUCUGCGCAUAUAUUGUUGAUUUUUUUAACACUUAUCCCCCACCUACACUUCUGCCAAUUUUUUUCUAGCACAUUAGCGGCUUGAAGAAGCCGUAUGCAAAAAGGCAGACUCAUCAUAAAAUUAUACAGUGUAACGAGAAACAACGUCCCUCGCCACGCCGGUAAUCGAGGCAGAAUAGAGUGUGAUGAAAUACAGCGUCAUUAGCUCGACGUACAGAGCGCGCGCCUAGAGAUCUCGGGAGCGCCGGAUCGAUUCUCGGUCCCGGCGUCUCCUUUUGUGAUUUUCUCCACUCACGUCAAAGUCUCACCCCGUUACAACAGCGUGCACGAGAUAUACGUAGAAGCAGGCAGGGAAAUUGUUGGCUAUGUAGAGAGCAUAGAGGGACGCAAACAAGUCAAGUCUUAUUUCCUGUUUAAAUUUGUGCUGACAAACGGGCAAAAGCGAUUUACGUGCCUCAUCUGGGGAGAUGAAUUAAUCAAUGUGUACCGAAAUGAAAUAAGAAUCGGACGUAUUGUUUGUCUUAACGGAGCCAAAAGUAAGGCAAUUGUUCUGACGCAGACACGGAGGCAAGAGGGCUUCAUUGCAUUCGAGCUCAUAAUACAGAUCAACACAUGGUCAACACCGACAAAUGGAUGCACCAGUUGAGGUUCUUCCUCAGAAGUGAUCGAGGGUUUCAUCAAGACGGUCUUUACGCAUGUUCCCAGCCAGUACGGAAACAUGUCAUAUGGCAGUGGAAACAUUACGGAUGGAAUUUACAAGGUGACGGUUCAAGUAUCUAACUUUAUCCCCGUUGCAAUGCAGAAAGGGCAAGCUGUCUGGGUCACUGGAGUUCUCAGCAAUGCAGAACAAUGGCUGACUUUACAUUGUUGGAAGACAGAGAACCAAUGGGGUUGGCACAGCUCCUUAGAGCUGUGCAAAUUCCACGCCGCGAACGCGAAUUUUAAAUUUAACUUUGCUUUUUACAAAAGACCCCCAAAUUCGUUCAAAUCAUUAUAAAAAAGAAAAUUAUAAUCGACGGUUUGGGUACAUUUGAUUACAUUUCUUCACGUUCUUUUUUUUAUUAAUAUAUAUAGUUGCGAAGGACCCCCGAAUUUGUAUUAAUCAAAAAAAAAAAAAAAAAAAAAAAAAGAGUUCGGGUUUUUCGAUUCUGUAAAUGUUUACUUCCAUGAUUGCAAAACGUUUUCAAUUUUAAAGUUUGACUUUGAAGUUUUGAUAAUCUUCGAUUAGUACUAAAUUUCGAAUUUUUAAAAAAAAAACUUAUGUAAUGCGCAUAGACUGCCUUAUAUGCUGUGAUUUAUAUUUAAAUAAUUUAUUUAUUUAGUGGUAUAACAGAAAUAGACAUUCACAGACAUACCUUACAGAAAAACCCUGCAGGAUCUUCUGUAAGGAUUCCUGUAAGAUACACAUGAUUUAAGUGUUUUUUUAAUAAAUUUUGAAGGUAAUUCCUUCAGAAAUUCACGUAGGAGGAUUUUCUGUAGGAAUAUUCUGCAGAAAUCCUUAGACAUUUUCUAAAUAAUUCUCCUUCGGCAUUUCUUGUAAGAAUUUCCUGCAAAAGUUUGCAAAAACACGAAAAUCAGGUGUAUCUUACAGGAUUCCCUACAGGAAAUACUGCAGGAUUUUUCUGUAAAAAAGUGCAGUAUUACUAUGUACAAUUUUAUGAGAUAUUAUUAAUAAUGUAAGUAAUAACUUUUUUGCAUUUUUUAAAAAAAUGUAAUGUUUCAACAAAUAAAGGUUUUUCUCAUUUCAAA